AUGACCGACGUCAAGCGAGACCCUUCGGUCGAAACCGAAAAGCGCGAAUAUACGCAUGCCGAACAAGGCUCUCAGUCGGAUGACUUUGACCCCAAAAAUAAACUACACUUGGCCGAAGGUAACACUAAUGCCAAGCUUUCCAACCCACUUGUCGGCAUUCCCCACGACAAGCUAGAGGAGCAGGCACUCGCAUUUGCCCAUUCGUAUGGCCUUUCCGAGCAUGCCGAUAUCAUCCGCAAGGGGGCACUUGUUGCCCAAGACCCAUUGGGCUUCGAUUCAUUACCGCAGCUCACUCCAGAGGAAAAGGCAGAACUACAACGUGAACAGACCCAUAGAUGGGACCAACCGAAGACACUAUACUACCUCGUAGUCCUCUGCUCCAUGGCGGCUGCUGUCCAAGGAAUGGACGAAACUGUGAUUAAUGGCGCAAACCUUUUCUGGCCAAGACAAUUUGGCCUCUUUCCUGAUGAACCUGGCAGAGGACGCGACCAGUGGCUGCUCGGACUAGUUGCUAGUGCUCCUUAUCUCUGCUGCGCUGUUUUGGGUUGCUGGCUUACUGACCCCAUGAAUCGCAUGUUUGGCCGCCGAGGCACCAUCUUUAUUACUGCCACUCUGUCCUGGUUGACUUGUUUCUGGCAAGGCGUUACUAACUCGUGGCCUCACCUUUUCGCCGCCCGAUUCGUUCUUGGACUUGGAGUUGGACCUAAAUCGAGUACCGUCCCGGUUUAUGCAGCCGAGUGCUCUCCUGCCCCUAUACGUGGUGCCCUUGUCAUGAUGUGGCAAAUGUGGACCGCAUUCGGUAUUAUGCUCGGGUUUGUUGCCGACUUGAUGUUCUACCAUGUCAAGGACACCCCCAACAUCACAGGUCUUAACUGGCGUCUUAUGUUAGGAAGUGCCGGUGUUCCAGCUCUUGCUAUCAUGGCUCAAGUUUAUUUCUGCCCCGAGUCUCCCCGUUGGCUAAUGGGAAAAGGCCGUUACCUGAAAGCAUUCGAAUCCCUAUGCCGCCUCCGUAAGACGAAGAUAAUGGCAGCUCGUGACUUCUAUUACAUCCACACCUUAUUAGUUGCCGAACAGGAGUUGAAGCCAUCUGGAAAGUGGCGCAUUGUCGAGCUCUUCACCAUCCCCCGCAACCGUCGUGCUGCUCUUGCGUCAUUCAUUGUCAUGUUUAUGCAACAAUUCUGCGGCAUCAACGUAAUUGCCUACUAUUCGAGUACCAUUUUCUCUCAGGCCGGGUUGGGUGAUAUCCAAUCUAUCCUUGGUUCUUGGGGCUUUGGGAUGCUUAACUUUGUCUUUGCCCUUCCUGCCGUGUAUACAAUCGAUACUUUUGGUCGCCGCUUUUUGUUGUUGACGACAUUCCCCGCAAUGUCAGCUUGCUUGCUCAUUACAGGCAUGGCGUUUUUUAUUGGCAACGAUCAUGCACGAACCGGGGUUGUUGCCGCCGGCAUGUAUGUAUUUACCAUAUUCUACUCGCCAGGAGAGGGACCUGUGCCAUUUACCUACUCCGCUGAGGCCUUCCCCUUGAACAUUCGUGAUUUCGGAAUGUCGUUCGCGACUGCCACUUGCUGGUUCUUCAAUUUCGUGGUAGCCAUCACAUUCCCUCGCCUUUUGGGCGCCUUUACUCCUCAGGGUGCCUUUGGGUGGUACGCCGCUUGGAACGCCAUUGGUUGGGUUCUCAUCCUCUUGUUUGUCCCCGAAACUAAGGCACUCUCGCUCGAAGAACUUGACCAAGUGUUCUCCGUCCCCACUCACACCCAUGCUGCAUACCAACUUCGUGAAGUGCCCAUCUGGUUCAAACGCAACAUUCUGCGCCAGGAUGUUAAGCGUCAACCUAAACUUUAUGAAUGA